UACACCGUUACAGUACCGGCUAGGUUAAGGGCAAAGAGCCAAAGAGGCUUUUUUACGAGUCUUGGCCUGGAAUUUUGGGCUCCAUCUCUCUUCCAAUUGGUUGGUAGCCUGGUAGCCUGGUACUCAGCUUGGCCGUAUUGAAAGUGAGAAACUUUUGAAGUGAUGGGGAAAUGGCCAUUUGCCGGACCUUGCUCAGUUAUUCCCAGCUCCAUCGCCCUCCUCGGCAUCAGAUGCUCUCCACCAUAGUACCCACUUUGUCAUUCUCAAACUACCCUCCUAAGUUGCACGAAUUCACCAAAUUGCCACCUCUCUAUACCUCUUUGAAGCGCUCAACCGGACCAUUAGAGCUCAGAACUUUAUCAGCAUCUUCGUCGUCGUCGUCGUCGUCAUCAUCAUCCAUGGAGUCUCCCCCUGAAGGUUACAGAAGAAACGUGGGUAUCUGUCUCAUCAACCCAUCUAAGAAGAUAUUUGCUGCUUCAAGACUGGACGUACCGGAUUCUUGGCAGAUGCCGCAGGGUGGCAUUGACGAGAAUGAAGAUCCAAAAGCUGCUGCUCUCAGAGAACUAAAAGAAGAGACUGGAGUCAGCUCCGCAGAGAUUCUUGCUGAGGCACCACAUUGGUUGACAUAUGACUUCCCACCACAAGUUAGGGAAAAGCUUAAUCAACAAUGGGGAACUGACUGGAAAGGUCAAGCACAAAAAUGGUUUCUGCUCAAGUUCACUGGGAAGGAAGAGGAGGAGAUCAAUCUGCUGGGUGACGGCAGUGAGAAACCCGAGUUCGGGGAAUGGUCAUGGAUGUCAGCUGAAGAAGUAAUCGAUCGUGCAGUAGAUUUCAAGAAGCCUGUCUACAAGGAAGUGUUCGGAGCCUUCCACCCUCAUCUUCAGUAAAUACAAGAAGAGGAGCUUUUGGCUUGGCAACUAUGUUCGAGAUUCAUCAGAAACUUGCAUACAUUUCCUUGUAAUGAUCUGCACCUCCAUUCUCCCGGAGAUGGAUCAUGACGAUAAAAAAUUGGUGUAUGCAUCGUGCCUUGAAAUCGGUCGACAUGUUUAAAUAAAUUACUUAUUACUUGAGACCUUGAUUGAACACUAUAUACCAUAUUAUGUUGCUAUAAAUUUUUAUUGAUAUUUAAUUAUUUAUACUCUAAUUAGGUCGACUUAUGAAAGAGUUUGAUCGACAGUUAUAAAUAUAAACUACACAAAGUAUGGCAAAGGCUAGCGUACGUCAGUCGUACGUUGUACGCCUGUGUUCACACUAGGUUUUUAGUUUUUACGCUUCAAUAUAUUUCGUCGAAUCAGAAUCAUUGAUUAUUAUUUUUUAGAUUAAAUGAAUAUUGUGACUUGGGUUACAGAAUUAGGGACUAGGGUUCACCCAUUUGAGGUUAGGGUAUAAUAUCAUGUUCAAAAUUUCGGUUAAUUCGUACUCUUAAUAGUAAAACUCGACGGGCGUACAACGUACGACUGACGUACGCUAGCCUGAACCAGUAUCGACCUGAUCCAAAAACCGAUCAACUAUAUUUAUUCGACAAACUUCAAUUCCCCCUAACUUUGAAGUUUUAACAAAGUCACCAUAGAGCCUAAUCGUUAGUUUAGUGAAUGAUGAGUAACAUAGUAUUAGCCGUAUAUACUUCCCCAACUUCCUUCGGAAAAGAAUAUACUACAAAACUAGGAGUAGUGACCAUUUUGUUACGGAUCCACAAAUAUUAGUGACCAUUUUUCUUUCUCUGUGAUGUUUACACUGUGUUUGGCAACAAGGGGGUGCAAGUUCGAGGGGGGUACAAGUUGAUGGGUAAAUUGUUGGGGGUGCAACUUGGUGGAGGGUGUAAGUGGAGGGAUAAAUUGUUGUUUGGAUGAAAAAGUAGGGGGGUGCAAAUAGAGUAAAAAGUAAGUAAUUAUAUUAUUAUAAAAUAGAUUUAUCAAUUUAUAAAAUAUUAUCACAAACAUGAAAAUUCAAUAUAUAAUAAUAAAAAUAAUAAAUAAAAAUAAUUUUA